AUGGCCCUGCCUUUACCACUGCCAGCUUGGCAGCAAAGAGAGCUUGUUCGAGAGAGAGAAACUUUUAGAUAUGAUCCCUCGUUGAUAGCAAAAUCUAUCCUCAACGCGCCAGAUGAUCUUAUCUCUUCUCGUAAUCUCACCACUUCAUCUGACGCAACCUUAACCUCAUUUUGUCAACUCGCGGCUCUACGUCUCAACGCGUCAAGAUCUCUAGUAUCACUCUUUGAUCGCUCUAGCCAGUAUGUUGUUGCAGAAGCUACGCAGUCUGGUCGUCUUCUUCCAAAUUCCUUCUCCGCCAGUCCCGAUCAAGGCCUGUGGCUCUGUGGAACACACUUCACUCGCUCAUUUGGAGUUUGCGAACGCGUUAUACAAGACUCCGCCAAGUCCUUGAAUUCCAAGCCUCAGAUUACAGUAAUCAACGACCUGGCCGAAGAUGAAACAUUACGUCUACGACCUUACUGCCAUGGGUGGCCUAACAACCGCUUCUACGCCGGCAUACCGCUGAUGAGUCCCAGAGGGAUUGUCAUCGGAGUUCUUUGCGUUUUCGACUCGCAGCCGCGAUCAGGACUGGACAGUGCAUCGAAAACCAUCCUGCAAGACCUAUCUCAAUGUAUUAUGUCACAUCUCGAACACCGCCGCGUCAGCGAGCGAUAUCGUCAAGCAGAUCGUGUCACCCGCGGUAUCCGACGCUUCUUUCAUGGAAGCAACACCAAGACAGAACUUCAACGUGAUCGACUGCUUGCAGUUGAACCGAGACUUCGUACCCCAGGAGCAGAUUUCAGUCCACAAUUCAAUCACUCAACUGAUACCAGACACGGCGAUGAUCGAUUGUCGAGCACAUGUGCUAGCGCAGCUCAUAUCAUGCGCGACGCGCUCGAGGUCGAUGGGCUUUUACUUCUGGAUGCCUCGCACUCACAUCGAAGCCCUGGAGCAGAGUUAAAAGAACCCAUUGGCGCAUCGAAAGACGCUCACCUCGCUGCUGAUGAUCUAUGCCCCGUCCUCGGCUCGUCUGUUACAGUGGAGUUCAAACAAGAAGCAAAUUCCUACUUUGGGCAUUCAAGUCUGCACACCUCAAUCUUGCGAAGAUUACUUCAUUAUUGCCCACGUGGGACGAUAUGGACAUUUGACAGUUCUGACAGUGACGCCAGUGACGACCCGGGUGAUGAAAUAUCCUCGGAGGUUUCUGACAAUGACGAUAUCGCAGAAGAGUCAGAUGAAGCAACACCUGACGACCCAGAAACUACAAUAAAGCAUCAUACAAAACGACAGCAACUGAGAAAGGCUAUAAAAGAACUUCUGCCUGGCGCGAAAAGCGUAGCCUUCUUCCCUAUCUGGAAUGCUCAGAAACGGCGCUGGUUUGCCGGCGGUUUCGCUUACACCAGCAAAACAAGCCGAGUUUUCUCGCCUAAACGGGAGCUAAGUUACUUGCGAGCUCUUGGGACGGUCCUCAUGGCCGAAGUGUCUUUCAUUAAGGAACGUGAGGUGGAACACUCCAAAUUGGAUGUUCUGGACUCCAUCUCCCACGAACUACGAUCACCGUUGCAUGGUAUCUUCUUCGGCACUGGGGUACUUCGUUCUGGCAACCUGAAUGCCUCUCAGAACGACGCUCUGUUGUCCGUCGAGGCUUGCAGUCAGACGUUAUUGGACACUAUCGAUCAGAUUCUUGACUGGAGCAAGAUCAACCAUUUCACUACGUCGCUUGAAAAGGGCCCUGGAUACACUUAUACAGACGUUGACAGUCGUGUUCUUCGGUCUUCUCGGACUAACAGUAUGGAGGCUGGUAUGAUGAGCAUUGCAUCUGAUGUUGAUCUGCCACAGUUGAUUGAGGAUGUUAUCGAAAGCGUACACGUCGGACACGAGUUCCAGAAACAUACGCUAGGAACGUCUGGUGACAGUGUCCGAUUGGUCGUUCACUUCGAACCUAGCCUUAACUGGAGUUUUCACGUACAGCCCGGUGCAAUCCGACGCAUCGUGAUGAACAUCCUAGGAAACUCACUACGGUUUACUUCUAGUGGCGCCAUCCAUGUCCGAGUCGGACAAUCGGAAACGGAAGAUGUUUCGAUGCGUCUUGUCACACUCACGAUUAGUGACACAGGCUGUGGUAUGAGCAGCGAAUUUCUCGCGAAUGAUCUCUUCAGCCCGUUUACUCAGCAAAACAUGAUGGAUGCGGGCACCGGAUUGGGUUUGAGUAUAGUCAGACGCAUCACUCAGAAUCUUGGCGGAGACGUUGAGGUUCAGAGUUUAGUUUCUGUUGGCACUACAGUUCGCGUCACCCUGCCUAUGCAGCUAUCUGACAAGAUGGCCAAGGGAACUCACACGACGUUGCAACAAGAUAUGAACAAAGGCCUGGAAGGACUUAGGGUCACUAUGGUGGGACUGCAGGACUCGAAAGCUGAGAACACUACCGAUCUUGGAUGGGAUUCUUUGACGAGUGAGAAGGAUUGCAUUUCAACAAUUUGUCAGGACUGGUUGGGCUCACACAUCGUUGAAAUACCCGACGUGCAGCAUCAAAAUCCUCAUGUUGUGCUUUGUGACGAGCGCUACAUGGACCGAGCGAAGCUCCUUAUGGACCAAAACGAGUCGACGUCGCUAGUGGCCAUUUGUGACGAUCCUAUUGUCGCUCGAAAGCUUGAGAUGGAAAACACCUGUGAUGACAGCGGCCGGGUCGUUCUUUUCACACAUCGACCUGUCGGUCCUCGAAAGCUACAGAGACUUUUAUCCCGUAUUAACCAAGGCGACAAAGCCCCAAGACCAAAGUUGAGCGAUUCAAUAGCACCGAAUAUCAUCGAUUUUCACGCAAGUGAAACAUUGAAAGUACGAUUAGAUCCCCCAACACCACCGGGUGCUGAUUGUGAGAAGCGAGAUGGCCCUGGUUUGGAUCUCCCCACACCUUUGGAAUGGGCGCCGUCAAAAUCUCCCCGUUCACCUCUCACAACACCACUAGAGAAACCAAAUCCUAUCAGCAAUUCAGCAUCAACAGGAGAAACCUUCCUACUUGUUGACGACAAUCCCAUCAACCUCAAAAUGCUCAUCAUGUUUAUGAAGAAGUUGAAACUUCAGUACAGCACAGCCUCCAACGGUCAAGAGGCUGUGAUUAAGUAUAAAGAGAACCCAUCGAGUUACAAGUGCGUAUUUAUGGAUAUAUCAAUGCCUGUUAUGAACGGUUUUGAAGCUACCCGUCAUAUACGCACGUUCGAGGCUGAGUGUUCUAUUCCGAAGUGUAGUAUCUUUGCACUCACUGGUUUGGCGUCGCGCGAUGCCCAACAGGAGGCAGUUUUGAGUGGUAUUGACUUGUUUUUGACAAAGCCUAUCGCUUUGGCUGAGAUGAGGCAUUUAUUGGAGUCUAAGGAGUUAAUUUGA